AUGUCAGAUCCGAAAAAGUAUACCGUUGGCUGGAUUUGUGCCAUUACCUCGGAAUAUGUUGCCGCUCAAGCCUUCCUGGAUGAAGAGCAUGAGGGGCCGGAAUAUCUGUCGCCUCACAAUAAAAAUGACUAUAUCUUGGGCAGGAUAGGACGACACAAUGUGGUGCUGUCUGUUCUACCUUUAGGCUCAUACGGCACCUCCUCAGCAGGGCGAGUCGCCGAGGACAUGUUACACAGCUUCCCGAAUAUUCGCAUCGGUCUAAUGGUCGGCAUUGGUGGCGGAGCCCCAAGUCCAGAUCAUGAUAUUCGCCUUGGCGACAUUGUUGUUAGCAUUCCUGACAAUGGCCGAGGUGGUGUGAUUCAGUACGACUUUGGUAAAUCGAUUCAAGGCCGACGCUUCCAACCUACGGGAUUCCUUGAUCAGCCUCCAACCGUCCUUUGUGCAGCGGUGAAUGGACUUCGAGCUUAA